AUGUCUGCUUCCAUUCACCUCGCGAGGGCACGUCGAAUUUUGUUGCAACAAACUUCACAAUUUAAUUCUAAUAUCCUUCGAUAUUUUAGCAUGUCUCUUGUUCAGAACAAGGGUCUGGUUUUAGGAAUAUAUGAGCCAAAAGAAAAAGAUGGACAGUUUAUCUUCACCCCAGCUACUGCCCAGUAUAAUGAAAGCAUUGGAGGCAAGCUAGAAACAGUCUUGAAGACGGCUGGGAGGAAGUUGAAAACUGGCAAAAGUAGGCUGCUGUAUGGUGUAGAUGGGAAUUAUUCUGCAAUUGCUGUGGCUAAUCUAGGCAAGCUGGAUGCUGGGUAUGAUGAAUUAGAACAGCUAGAUCAAGGAAAGGAGAACAUUAGAACAGCAGUUGCUAGUGCCGUACUGAGUUUACGAGAUGUUGGAGAGACACAGAUCUAUGUUGAGCCUUGUGGAGAUGCUGAAGCUGCUGCAGAAGGAAGUGCCUUGUCAUUAUUCUCCUACGAUGAGCUUAAACAAGAGGAUAAACGGAAGCCAGCAGUUGAUGUCUUAAUUUAUACUGCCGGAAAUAAUGAUGAAUCUGCAGUCAGGCUCAACUGGUCAAGAGGGCUGACACUUGCCGAGGGUCAGAAUUUUGCCAGACGUUUGAAAGAGACCCCGGCAAAUUUGAUGACCCCUACAAUUUUUUGUGAGGAGAUCACAAAGAACAUCUCCAAACUUCCAAAAUGUACAGUAACUGUCAGAGACCAAGCUUGGGCAGAAUCUAUGAAAAUGGGAUCUUUCCUUUCUGUAACAAGAGGAUCUGAGGAACCACCCAAGUUUCUAGAAAUUGAUUAUCAGGGUGGCAAACCUGAGGAUCCACCAGUUGUCUUUGUUGGCAAGGGAAUUACCUUUGACAGUGGUGGCAUUUCUAUCAAACCAGCAAGUGACAUGGAUAAAAUGAGAGCAGAUAUGGGUGGAGCAGCUUGUGUCGCAAGUAGCAUUCAGGUGGCUGCUAUAUUAGGCAUUCCUAUUAAUGUGAAAGGUCUGAUCCCGUUGUGUGAGAAUUUACCAAGUGGAAAAGCCACCAAGCCUGGAGAUGUAGUCAGAGCUAUGAAUGGCAAAACAAUACAGGUGGACAAUACUGAUGCUGAGGGUCGCCUGGUUCUAGCUGAUGCCCUUUGCUAUGCGGAAACAUUUCAGCCAAGACUGAUACUGGACAUUGCAACACUAACUGGAGCUGUUGUUGUUGCCUUAGGUGGAGUUGCCACUGCUGCUUAUACGAAAUCACAAAACAUUUGGGAAAAGCUAAACAAAGCUGGGGCAGUGACCGGUGACCGUGUGUGGAGGAUGCCCUUGUUCAAGUAUUACACCAGCCAGAUGACAGACGCUGACCUGGCAGACCUCAACAACAUUGGCAAGAAACGACAGGCAGGCAGUUGUACAGCUGCUGCUUUUCUUCAGGAGUUUGUAAAAACUGACCAGUGGGUUCACCUGGACAUGGCAGGUGUCAUGUCGAACACUGAUGAAGUCCCUUAUCUUGGUAAAGGAAUGUCAGGUCGUCCUACCAGAACCCUUGUACAGUUCUUGGAGAACCUCAGUCAAGAGAAGUCUUAA